CAGGGGUGGAGGUCGGAGCCCUGACCCGACGCAGUCAGGCGGAAGCGCGGCUGCCAUUGGAGGCUUUUACCUGCGCGGGGCCCGAGGCGCAAAGUCCGAGGCGCCGGGGGGAGGAGGCGGCGGACGGUAGCGCAGGUGGGCCCGCGCCCUCGGCCCUGCAAGAUGCCCCUGAGGCUGCGGGGGAAGAAGAAGGCCAAGUCCAAGGAGACCGCCGGGCUGGUGGAGGGCGAGCCGACGGGCGCGGGCGGCGGGAGCCUCUCAGCGUCCCGGGCUCCCGCACGCAGGCUGGUCUUCCACGCGCAGCUGGCGCACGGUAGCGCCACAGGUCGAGUGGAGGGCUUCUCCAGCAUCCAGGAGCUCUACGCCCAGAUCGCGCGCGCGUUUGAAAUCUCGCCGUCGGAGAUCUUAUAUUGUACUUUAAACACACCUAAAAUUGACAUGGAAAGACUCUUAGGAGGACAAGUAGGACUAGAAGAUUUCAUAUUUGCCCAUGUGAAAGGAAUCAAAAAAGAAGUGAAUGUAUAUAAAUCUGAAGAUUCACUUGGUCUCACCAUUACAGAUAACGGCGUUGGCUAUGCUUUUAUAAAGAGAAUUAGAGAUGGUGGUGUUAUUGACUCAGUUAAAACAAUCUGUGUUGGGGAUCAUAUUGAAUCCAUAAAUGGAGAAAAUAUUGUUGGGUGGCGUCACUAUGAUGUUGCUAAGAAGUUAAAGGAAUUAAAAAAGGAGGAACUCUUCACCAUGAAGUUAAUAGAACCUAAGAAGGCAUUUGGUACAUGGAUGAAGCUGGAAACCAUCAUUCUCAGAAAACUAUCGCAAGGACAAAAAACCAAACGCUGCAUGUUCUCACUCACAGAAAUAGAGCCGAGGUCAAAGGCUGGAAAGUCAUCAGGAGAAAAAAUUGGUUGUGGAAGGGCAACACUUCGCCUGAGAUCAAAAGGUCCUGCCACCGUGGAAGAAAUGCCUUCUGAAACCAAAGCAAAGGCAAUUGAAAAGAUUGAUGAUGUUCUUGAGUUGUACAUGGGAAUUCGAGAUACUGAUUUAGCCACCACAAUGUUUGAAGCUGGAAAGGACAAAGUUAAUCCAGAUGAAUUUGCUGUGGCUCUUGACGAAACUCUUGGAGACUUUGCGUUCCCAGACGAAUUUGUCUUUGAUGUUUGGGGAGUCAUUGGUGAUGCCAAACGAAGAGGAUUAUGAUGUGUACACUCCAUCUCUGAAGAAACGACCCUUCGUUCUUCUUUUUCUCUUUUUUUAAAAGUCCUAUAAGAUCUGUUUUUGGACACCUUUACUAACUCUGGUUUAAUUUCAUGUGUGUGGAGUAUAUUCUUUGAAAUAUAAUUUUGGUAAUUUUGAUUUCUGGGCACUUUUUAACGUUGCUGAUGUAGUAUGCUUAAGAGAAAUGACCUAAAUAAGGAUCAAUUGUAAUAUUCAUUCAAAAGGUUUUUAAAAGUAAGUUUUAAGGAGUAUUUCUAGAUAGAUGAUUUUCUUUUCCAUUAAUACCCAUGCUUUGUUUUUCACAUAUAAAUCGUUGAUUUCGAUAGCUUUGUAGUUUUUUUUUUUUUUUUCAAAAUCUUAACGUAAACUGGGAUUAGAGUAUGAUUUACCUCAUAGCAUCUUCACUGUGUUAUCCUAGUUUGAACAGGAUAUGUUCAGAAAAUGAAAGGUGAAUUAUGCCCCUUAUUGGUUUGGUCUAGAAGCAUUGUUUUUUUUUUUUUUUUUGAUCCUCUGAGUAAGGGAAGGAAGAUUCCUGUGGCGUGUUGAUUUCUAUGGCCACCUUUCUCUCUUUGUAAAACAAAGAUUGAUUUUCUUGUAUGCUUCUUUAUACAUGCUCUUAAAACUUGUGGUUGGUGUGUGUGUCUCUGCAUGUGUAAAAGAAGGGUAAAAAAGAGAUGGGUAGGGUAGAACUACUUGCGUUUGAUUUUUUUUUUUUCAGUCCUUAAAACAUUAUUUCUUUUUUUCACUCAUAGCUACUUUUAUGUUACCUUUUAUAAGCACUCCAGGGAAGAUUUUAUAUUUUUUUGUAGAGUUUUUGGAAAGAUAUUUACUCAAAAUAACUGUGCUUUAGAACUUUUUGUUUUUUGUUUUGUUUUGUUUUGUUUUUUCGGUUAAACAGCAGCACUUUUUAGUUCCCUAAACUUUAGAAGAGAUGCUAUCAGAAAUAGAUUUCCUUCCAGUGGAAAGAAAGGAGGAAGGGAGAAUUGAGAAAAUAUAUUAGUCUAUUAUUUUAGAGUUCUAAUACACUCCUCUAAACCUUACAUUAUAGAGAAAAUUGAGGGUAAAUGACUGUCUUAUCACUCUUAUUUGACAUUUUAUAGGUGUAAGAGAAAUGGAAAUGAAUGGUUUCAACAAAGAUCGUUUAAUACAGCAGAGCAUGGUGUGACCAAGCAUCUUUGUGAAGUGUUAGAUGAAAAAUGCUGUGUGCUACCAUGGUAAUCAGAAAUAAUAACCUGUUAGGGAUGUAUUCUAGGAAAUCAGAAGUAGUUCUCUUUUCUUGCUGGAUUAUUGCUUAGAUAACUCUUGUUUUCUGGUAAAACUUUCGUUUUACUGCCAUCCACUCCUUUUUCAAAUGAGUUUAAUUCCAUAAAGCUGAUAUUCUUUGUCCGAUUAAUUUGAAAUCGGCACAGAAGCUGUUUUAGUCAUUAAUGUGUAACAAAAGUAGCUUAUAGAAUAUGGAUUAUCUUAUUGCUUUUGCUUAUCAUAUGAAAAUAAAAUCCAGCUCAGGUUGUAACUUGUUGGUACUUGUUUAGUGAGUUCGUUUUGGAGGUUCUGAAAUACCUCUUAAUUCUUAAUAUUACCUCUCUUGGAAAGACACAAAAAAAGAGCUGCUAUUUUUAGGCAUAAGAUGACUUAGGAGGCCCAUAGAAACAUUCUAGUUUAAACAACAACAACAAAAAUUUAUCGGCACUAGAUAUUAGAUUUGAAAUAAGUCAUUGUUCAUUAUUGAUAGAUGUCAGUUUCUCCUUCCUUUUUGGGCAUGCAUAAAGACACACUUUGUGCUGAUUCCCUGUGAUUUAUAGAAUGUCAUUUUCACAAUUAUCUUUCUAGAAUUUGUGUGUAAGGUUGUGAUAUCCAUGUACAGCUGUAACUAUAUAUACUUGCCUGUUAGCAUUCAGUGGACAAUUAUCAUUACUGUCAUCACAUUACCUGGGCUUCACCUGGGCCCAAGUACUCUAUAUACUACCUGUAAUAGGUUUCUCCUUGAAAUAUCCUUAUCUUUCACCUCUAUAGUGAAACUGAUAACAAGGUCAGUUUCUUUAUGUCAUUUUAUUCCCAUACCUGAAAUUGCAUCUAUCUGUGAGCUUUCUGCCUUUUUGUAAUGCUCAGUGCACAAAAAGGGUCUGUUUUUAGUGCAGUCACAUAAUAUAUAAGUGUGGGAUACCCUUCUGCAGCUUCAGUGAGACAAAUCACUUUUUAAAAAACAUUCCAUUUUAUUGGCAUCACCAGAUGUUUUUAGGACCCUGUCCAUUUCUCUUUUCUGUAGGCUUUUUUUUUUUAAAUGGAAGAUGAUUAUUUUGUUUGUUCUUGAUUUCCUUUUAUUGAAAACAGCAUCUUCCUUCUUGCAAUGGCCACUAAUAGCACACAAUGUGUUUUCUUUGAUUGUGGCAGAAAAUGCAAAUGAUAAUUGUAUGUUGGGCUCGAUGAGGCCUUGAACAUAGCUGAGUCCUAAUCAGAUGUAUAUACUCUGAUGAUUACAAAUCGGUACAUGUUGGGUUUCUGUGAUGUUUCAAAAAUAUAAUUAUAUAAUUAUGAUAUAAACUCUUUAAGAAUUCAAUUAUAAAAGCAAUAAUCAGGUAACCUCUAUUUGGAGCUGCUAUAUCCAACAUUGUGACUGAAAAUUAACUAAAGAGGGAUAAGUUUUCAAGUGAUGUAUAAUUUGCAAUAUUUUCCCUUGUAACUUUAGCAAAUACACAUAUUCCAAGUAAAA